AUCUCAGGCUCUGGAACUUGCUGACCAGCGACCUAGUGUCUGAGAGCUGCAAUGAUGCAAGUAUUGUGCAGUCCAUCGUUGCUCACAAUGUUGCAAUCAAGCAGGCAAAUUUUGGAGUGAGCAAUGACCCCGAGGCUCAAGACUGGUUAUAUUCAGUCUCGAAAAUUGAUUCGGUUUUCCACGAAAAGCAGUCGGAAUACUUUGGUAUUGCGACCAAAGUAAGGGGCAAUGGCCAAUGGCUCCUAGAUAACGAGAUGUUUAAGGCCUGGAAAAAGGGUCACGCAAAAACACUGUGGUGUCAAGGAAUACCUGGCGCUGGCAAAACAAUCCUUGCAUCAAUCGUCAUUGACCAUCUGGAGAAGGAGUGCCAGAAGACUAGCAACGAUUCUGCCUGCGUCUACGUGUACUUUGAUGGCUCGUACAGGGACCAGAAAACUCCGACAAACGUGCUACUCAAUCUUCUAGGCCAACUUGUUGGGCAACGCGAAGACCUCUCGCAAAAAACCAAGGACAAGUGCAAAGAGUGGAGAAGAAGGAGACGAGUUCCGAUGGAAGACUUGCAGCAGCUGGCGUGGUCGGAAAUCAAGUCAUUCACAAAGGUAUUCCUGGUUGUCGAUGCCCUGGACGAAUGCGGGACUGAGGGCAAAACGGAUGCGAGAGAUGAUUUUCUGGACCGGAUCAUACAACUUCCAGAGAAUGUCAACGUCUUCGUCACGUCACGCGCGCAACUUGAUCGAAGGAUGAAAGAUGCGUAUGAGCUCAAAAUCACGGCCGCGAACAUCGAACCCGACCUCAGAAGAUAUAUCAACUAUCGGAUCGAUCGAAGCGGUGAACUCAAGCGCUUAUUAGCAACGAGAAGCUUCAACGACGCAAAAUUGUGUCGAGAAGAAAUCCAAGACGUGGUCGUCAAUAGCGUUGACGGGAUGUUCCUGCUCGCCGAACGUCACAUGGAAAUGCUGGAUCUGCAAGACACCAUUGGCAAAUUGUGCAUCACCCUUAAGGAGCUACCUCACGACAUACGCAUCAUCUAUGACGCUGCCCUCGAGCGUAUCAUGAGUGGUGGUGCACCGCGAAAGAGGCAGUCAUUAAGUGCCCUCGCCUGGCUGUCCUGCUCUCGCCGUCCAAUGACAGUCAACGAAGUCGCAGAAGCAAUCGCAAUUCAAAGAGACGACAAGAGUCUCAAGGAUGACCGGCUGCGGCUGAAGAGUCUGGAACACAUCUCGUCCCUCUGCGAGGGCCUCAUCGCAGUUGACCGUGAGAGCGGCCUGGACAUUUUCCAAUCGAGCGCGGAGGCGAUAGUGGCAGAAGGGUGUCUCACCUAUCUGUCAUUUUCCGAUUUCGGCCAUGUGCCGCCCGGCGAAGACAGGGCAGACUACUUGAACAGGUUCUCCCUGCUCAACUACGCUGCUGAUCAUUGGCAUGACCACCUAUCGCGCGGCUGGAGCGAGAGCAAUCUGGAACUUGCAGUGAACUUGCUCGUGGAUAGCUCGAAGGUGGCAAAUCUCGCACAUGCUAUGAGCAAUGAUGAAAUCAAGGGCGAGGCUGGCAUGACGGGCCUCCACCUCGUCGCUUUCCUAGGUUUCGAGAGGCUGGUGGAACCGCUCUCAAGAUGCGUCAACAAAGGCUCCAGGACGAGAAAUUCCACUCAUGGCCGACUGGCCACUGCCAGAACGUUGCGCGGAGAGACACCACUGCAUUGGGCGGCGGCUAAUAACCAUGGCAAAGUUGUGUCGGAGCUGAUUGCCAGAGAAGCCGAGGUGAAUGCAAAGGACAAUCGCGGCAAGACUGCUCUGCAUACGGCUGUUCGGAAAGGGAGAAGAGAAGCCACGCUCGCCCUACUGGAAGAGGCCAAGGACCGAAUCGACAUCAAUGCGGUCGACAAUCACCUCUCCACGCCGCUGAUAUUGGCCGCUCACCAUGGCAUGGGCGUAAUUGCGAGAAUGCUGAUGGACCACAAGGCUGACCUCGACGCGAAGGAUAAAGAUGGUUACACUGCCCUACGAUGCGCUGCCUCCCAAAAUCACAGGCGCAUACUUGAGCUGCUGAUCAAAAAGGGGGCGAAUUUGGAACUCAACCGAACACCCGACUGGACCCUGCUGUCUUCAGCCGUCACCCAAGGCCAUCCCCAGAUCGUGUCGCUCUUGCUGCAUGAGACAGAUGAGGUCAACUAUGUUACGGAGCACGGCACAGCUCUCAUGUGCGCGAUACGAUACAAGAAGAAGGAUAUUGCCUGGCUGCUCGUCCAGAACGCCAACCUCGACGUAGCAGACAACACGGGCGACACGGCGCUCCACGUUGCAGUGCGGGAGGAGGACAAGUCUCUGGUAUGGCUGCUUCUGGAAAGCGGAGCCAAGACAACCCAGCAAAACAACGCCGGCCUCACGGCCCUGCACCUCGCGGCAGAAUCGGGGAAACGCCCCAUCGUGGAGAUCCUGAUCGACAAAGGCGCCGAGCUAGAGUCUCGCGAGCACCACGACGGGCAGACGCCGCUCCACAUUGCCGCCUCCAAGGGGCACCACUUGGUUGUCCGGCUCCUGGUCGAUAGGGGAGCCGAGCUGGAUGCCAAAGACGGACGCGGGUUCACGCCACUCCAUCUCGCCACCAGGAACGGGCACCCGGAGACGACUCAACUCCUGCUAUCUCGGGGCGCCGACAAAAACGCCCGGAGCAAGCUGGGUCUGACGCCGCUGCACGUUGCCACCGACACGGCCGUCCUGAGCGCGCUCCUGGACAGCGGGGUCGACGCGAGCAUCGGCGACAACAACCAGCGGACGGCACUCCACUGGGCGCUCGUCGACCACUCCAGGGGCCGAGAGGAGGCCAUCAGGAUGCUGAUCGAGAGGGCGACCGACGACGACAUCGACGCCGCGGACGAAGACGGCCAGUCCGCGCUCCACGUCGCAGUCUCGGCCGGACACGGUCCGUCGGUCGCGCUUCUCCUCCUAGCGGGCGCCGACAUGGAGAAGGAGGACGGCGGCGGCCGCACGCCGCUGCAGCUCGGGAUUUGCCGGUUCGACAACAACCAGGCGUUCCAGCGUGUUGUGUGGGAGUUGCUAGGAAGGGGGGCAGAUGUGAAUCGGAAAGGACAAGACGGAUCGACGGCCUUGCACCUUGCUGCAGCCGCCGGAAACAAGACGGCCAUUCAGAUGCUUUUUGGGCGGGCCCAGGAAAAGCCCAACCUAAGCAUCGUCGACGCUGAGGGACUUACCGCGCCGGAACUGGCUUUGAAACAUGGCCACACUGGCAUGGACUGGGAGGCAGCGGAGGCGUUGGCUGAUCGGAGGCAACAAGAUGGCGGACGUCGGAAAGAAUAACUCUCAGUUUGUGACCUGAUAGAUGAUGCUUUUUAUCUCACGACUAAUUAUGAGACUG